AUGCCAGGCUACCUGAAGUUGAACACUGAUGCUGCUAUUGAUUUAGAGAAUAACCGUGUGGGCUUCGGAUGGGUUUUGAGAGAUGAUUGCGGGCAGUUCGUGGCGGCAUCAAGUAUUCCAGGUGAAGGAGCUUCAUCACCGAAGGAGGCAGAAGCCAUGGCCAUCAGAGAGGCUUUGAGCUGGACCAAGAGGAUAAAUCUCCACAACGUGCAGAUUGAAUGUGACGCACAGCUGGUUGUCCAGAGUCUCAACCAUGUUCAAGAAGUGUCUUCAUGCGAUCUUGUGCUUCUUGAUGUUAUCGAUAUGCUUCGUUCCCUUACCGGCGUUGCUAUCUCUUAUGUUAAUCGUACUGCGAACAGUGUUGCCCACAAUCUUGCUCGGGAAGCCUGUUCUAUGUCUGUACGUCAGGAGUGGGUGUCUACUCCUCCCUCUUGUAUUGUUAACGAACUCUGUACUGAUUUAAGUUAA